AUGGCGGCGGCGCCCAAGUUGGUACUGUCUGAGGAGAAGAUCUGGGAGAAGAGCGGCUUCGGCCAUCGCGAUAUGGGUCUACUUCAGUCACUGUCUAUCCCUGGAACUUACCAAGAAAAGAUUACUCAUCUAGGAAAUUCUUUGAAGAAUUUAACUUAUUUAAAGUCUCUAGACCUCUCACGCAAUUCAUUGGUUUGUCUAGAGGGCAUUGAAUACUUAACAUUGUUAGAAAAUCUCAAUCUGUACUACAAUAAUAUUUCCUCACUAACUGAAGUAUUUCGACUUCAUCAAUUAACUGAACUAAAAGAUGUGGAUUUGCGACUGAAUCCUGUGGCUAAGAAUGAGCCUGAUUAUCGUCUUUUUCUUGUCUAUAUAAUUCCAAGACUUAGACAAUUAGAUAAUCGUUUAGUGAGAGAAAGUGAACGAAAAGCAUCUCUUUCGCAUUUUUCUAUGGAAGAAACAUUUGAAUCGAAACAGAUUUCUUCAAAUUCAUUGAAAAACAAAGCAGAAAGAGAUCGACAUUCCAGAACAAAAUACAUUGACUCCCCAACAAAGAAGUGUUCAGUCAUGGAUGCAGAAGAUGAAGCUGUUCUAACUCUAAUUGCUAAAUGUCAGUUGGAUUUAAGUAAGCCUCCUGGGAUUAUAAGUGCUAGUAAAAAAGACUGUGCUGUACCUGAGUUUCAUAAUUUGCAAGGUCAGGCAAGACAUGUUUUGUCUUCUGUGCAAACAUCUGUAUCCAAUCAAGAAAAUUCAUCAAUCAUGAGUGAAAAAAUUAAUCAUUUAAUUUUAGAAAACAAAGCCUUACAAAAUCUUGCUGAACAGGAACAGCAGUACAAUAUAAGGAUUAAUGGGCUGAUGUUGGAGUUAAACAACACACUUCAGGAGAUGGAUACCUUGAAACAACAAUUAAGCAAGUCGCUGGAAGAAAACAACAGUUUAAAAUCACGUUUGUUAAAUAUGGAACAAGAUACCAAACAGGGAGAUUCUUCAGCUGUAUUAACUGUGCAGAUUAAUGAACUUCAGAACAGUAAUCAGGAGUUGUCCAGUGAAGUAGAUAACUUAAAGGAACAUCUUGAACACUAUGCCAAGAUUCAGGAACUGACGGAGAUGCUUCAGGAAAGUCACAGUUCUUUGAUUUCUACUAAUGAACAUCUUUUGCAAGAACUCACUCAGACCCAUAUUCGACACAAGGCUGAAGUUGAGCAGUUACACUGGAGUUAUAAGGAGUUAAAAAAGACAAUGUCUCAAUUUCCUCUUAGCAACUCUGACGUCAGCAGUGGUUAA